AUGGCAGUACAGCUUUUGACACCUGGUGGUUGCCUCGCCUCCAGCAAAAUGAACUACUGCUUGGCGGUGACGUGUCUUCUUGCUUUAGCAGCAACAAGCAAGGCCGAUGGGACGCUGGACGGACUCAUCUAUGCCCCGGGGCACUCAUCUCCUGACUACUACGCAUAUCCCAGCUACGCGUUCGAGUAUGCCGUAAAGGAUCCUAACACGGGGGACAAUAAAGCACAAUGGGAGAAAAGAGACGGAGACACAGUAAAAGGUGCGUACUCGCUGGUGGAGCCGGACGGUAGCCUUAGGGUGGUGGAGUACUGGGCGGACGCCAAAUCCGGUUUCAACGCGGUUGUGAAGCGCGUAGGGCCCAACUUGCACCCGGCGUCCGCGCCCGAGUACAAGGCGCCCAUACGCGUCCUUUCCAAGGCGGUGGUCGCCCCCAUCAGCGUGGGCCCCGUGGCGAAGAUCGAUGCCCUAUCCAGUGCGCCCGUCAUAAGCGGCUCCCUCUACGGCGGCGCCGUCUCCACCGCUGCGCUAUACAAGGCGGCACCGAUAGUAAAAUCGGUCGCCCCCAUAGCGCCCGCCUACAAAGCACCGUUCGUACAGCAGAUCAUCGCGGAGCCCUACCCGAGGGCGCCAAUAUACACCGAACCCAUCUACAACCCCGUACCGAUUAAAAGCCAGCCCGUCAUGGACCAAAGCUACUUGGCACAGUGGCCGCUGCUGAAGGACUCGCUGAGUCUCAACUCGCUGGCGUCAUUAGGCGACGGCUUGCUGAAAGACUCCUUAAUAGACUCGGGCAGCGGUUACGACCUUGGAUACGGUCCACUGCUCUCCUCUUGGGGCUCCCUGGGACUGGGUUUGAAACAU